GCGUGGCGUUGCCGGGAAAGGGGCGUGGUCUGCUCAGGGGGCGUGGCCGGGGCCGUUCCAGAAAGCUCCGGGAUCGGGAGCGGCUCCGGGACCGGGACCGGGACCGGGAUCGGGAACCGGACCGAGGGCCAUGUCCCCGCUGAUGUCCCCGCUGUCCCUGUCCCUGUCCCUGCUGGCCCUCGUGGCCUGGGGGGGGUCUCGGGCGCUGCUGCCCCCCGGGGAGCUCCGAGCGCUGUCGGCGGCGGGCAGCCGCUGGGUGGACGCGGAGCUGCAGCGGGCGCUGCAGGGAAUGCACAGGAUGCAGGAGCUGCUGCAGCGCAGCGACCGCGACCACCGGGAGCUGCAGCGAUCCCUGCAGCGGGCGCAGCGCGGCAAGGAGGAAGCGCUGCAGCUGGCGCUGCAGAAGGAGCAGGAGCUGUCGGCGCAGGGCGAGCGCUGCAACGCGUCGGUGCAGGAGCUGUGGCAGCGCUGCAAGCCGUGCCUGCGGCAGCGCUGCGUGCGCCUCUACGCCCGCACCUGCCGCAGCGGCGCCGGGCCGCUCGGGCGCCAGCUGGAGGAGUUCCUGAACCGCUCGUCGCCGCUGUCGGUGUGGCUGGACGGGGAGCGCCUGGAGCGGCUGCGGGAGCGCGACGAGCUCCUGGAGCGGCGGCGGCAGGACCUGGAGCGGCGAUUCGGGAUCCUGGAGGACGGAGUCCAGGAGCUCUUCCCGGACAGCUCCGGGUUCCAGGCCCGCUUCCAGCCCCGCUUCCUGCCCCGCUUCCAGCCCCGCUUCCCGCGGCGCUUCCGGCGCUUCUCCGGCGCCUUCUUCCCGCUCUUCCAGGCGCCGCACAGCGGCUUCCAGCAGCUCUUCCAGCCGCUCUUCCCGAUCCUGGAGGAUCCCCAGGGCGCCUGGGAGAGCCCCUGGGAUGAGCUCGGCACAGAAUCCCGGAAUUUCAGCAACGACAGGAUGGUUUGCCGGGAGAUCCGGCGGAACUCGGCCGGCUGCCUGCGGAUGCGGGAUGAGUGCGAGCAGUGCCGGGAGAUCCUGGCCCUGGACUGCGGGCAGGAGGAGCCGUCGCAGCAGGAGCUGCGGGCGCAGCUGGAGGACGCGCUGCGCGCGGCCGAGCGCUUCUCGCGCCGCUCCGAUUCCCUGCUGCGGGAAUUCCAGCAGGAGAUGCUCAACACCUCGGGCCUGCUGGACCAGCUGAGCCGCCAGUUCGGCUGGGUGGCCCGGCUGGCCAACCGCUCCCUGGGUGACAACGACAACAGCGGCUUCCUGCAGGUCACCACGGUGCUGUCCAGGGCUCCGGACCCCGCGGAUCCGGCGGCGGCGGCGCCCGACACGGAGGUGACGGUGCAGCUCUUCGGCUCGGAGCCGCUGGCGCUGACGGUGCCGGGACACAUCCCGUGGGACGAUCCCAAAUUCAUGGAGCUCGUGGCCGAGCAGGCGCUGCGGCGCUUCCGGGAGAACGCCGUGGAGUAGCCGGGCGCUGCCGCCGCCGCCGCCGCCCCUCCGGAUCCCCCUUCCCGGGGGGAAUCAUUCCCGUUCCCGUUCCCGUUUUCCUGCCAGCGCUGCCCUCCUGACCCUCCCUGCUGCCAACAUGGAAAUAAAAGGAUAAAAGGUAGAGCUCAA